AGACGCAUGCGUGAAAAUGAAAUGACGUUUAUUAAAAAAUUGUAAAAAAAAUCUUUUUUUUCGCUCUGCAAUUUUGCUCUGUAAAUCUGUAAUACCGACAAAAAAUGGAGAUGAAAAACAACAAAUAACAAUAAAAGCGAUAAAAUUCUCUAUGUAAUUCUCCAGGUUUUCUGAUAAUAAUUCUCUUGUAAUUUGGUACAUCCAUGCAACAAUUUCAAGAUUGCAAUAAGCCAAUAGUGCCACUUUGAGAAACAGAUCAUUCCUGUAAAAUUUUUAUAUAAAGUAAAUAAUUUUUUUAAAAAUAAAUUAUAAUAGAAAGGAAAAGCUAUAACUAUUUUUUGUUCGCGCUAAAGCCCUAAAAAGUACAACAUUGGUGUACUUUGGUAGUUUGGUGGUAUACUUUUAGACUUGACUGUAUCGUACCGUACUGUACAGCCGACAGGUGUUCCAUAAAUGUGUUUUGGCGCAAGAGUUGACACUUCACUUUGAUAUAUUUCAAUUAAAAAUACCGAACUAUAAACAAUCUAACCCAACAUUGUCAUAACUAAUAUUUAAAUUAUUAUAUAUGAUAGUUUGAUUUGAUAUAAACAACAGCAACAUCAACAUCAGUCAACACUUUAAUUAAGCUUUUCAGUGUCAUCCAGAUACAGAAGGAAUUGUUUCAUAGCAGGAUCGCUGAAAUACAUUGAUAAAUCAUGUCUAAAAAACGUGUUACCAUUGAUGAAAAGAGAGCUAGAAUAUUGGAAAUAUUCUAUGAUUCACAAGAAUUUUAUAAUCUCAAGGAAAUUGAAACUAUUGCUUCAAAGGAAAAAGGAGUUGUUUUGCAAUCAGUCAAAGAUGUACUUCAAGCUCUUGUUGAUGAUGGUUUUGUCAAAACAGAAAAAGUUGGAUCUGCUAAUUAUUUUUGGGCUUUUCCAGGAGAAAAAAUAACAAUAUUAAAACAAAAAUGUGCUGAAUUGAAUACAUCAAAUAUUGAAUCAAAACUAGAGCUGGAAAAACUUCAGUUUGAAAUAAAAACAAAUCAAGUUGGCAAAGAAGACACUGAAGAAAGAAGAAAGCUUUUAGAAGAAUUGGAAAAUUUACAACAAAAAGAAGAUAAAACAAAACAAUUGGUGAUGCAAUUUAGUGAUAAUGAUCCAGAAGUCAUAGCCAAAAUAGCAAAACGUGCUGAGGAAUAUAAAGCAGCAGCAAAUGUUUGGACAGAUAAUAUUUUUGCAAUACAAAGUUGGUGUAAAAAUAAAUUUGAUAUAAAUGAAGAAACACUCAACAAGCAAUUUCGCAUACCUGAAGACUUGGAUUAUGUCCAGUAGAAACAAAUGGUUUUAUAUUUUUUUUGUAUAAUUAUUUUAUUGUUAUUAUCAUAAACUUACCAUUCAACUAAUAUCCCUUUUCUAACAUUUACCAUGUUUCACAAUUGUUGCAUAAAAAUUAAUAAACAACUCCAUUUAAU